UUCUCGUCUCCUCUGUGUCUCUCUGUUGUCUCUUCACAGGGUCUCUCCUGCUCUUUUCUCGUCUCCUCUGUGUCUCUCCAUCGUCUCUUCACAGGGUCUCUCCUGCUCUUUUCUCGUUUGUCUGUCCCAUUCACAGCUCUCUUUAUAUGCUGGUUUAGCCGGGGUGUCUAGACCUCACACACAGAGAGAGAGAGAGCGAGAGAGAGAUUAAACAGACAAAACAGAACACAAAAAACAAAGUGGGCAUUGCCUGACUACGCCAUGGGCUGCCCAUGACUACGUCCAUGGUGUGUGUGUGUGUGUGAAAUGAUUUGAUAUGGAACCCUCCCUCCACUGCCCCCCUCCUCCCUCUCUCCUUUCCUUCAUCUAUCCCCCUCUUUUUCUCUCUCUCUCUCCUCUACCUCUCUCUCUCUCCUCUACCUCUCUCUCUCUCUCUCUCUCCCUCUCUCUCUCUCUCUCUCUCCUGCUCUUCUCCUGUCCCCACCCUUCCCCACCUCCAAGCUUCACAAACAUGCUGAAGACCAAGCCGCCGAGCGCCGUGAGCAUCCGCGCCAGCCUGCAGCAGCAGCACAUGGCCAGCGCGCGGAACCGACGCCUGGCCCAGCAGAUGGAGAACCGGCCCUCCGUACAGGCCGCCCUCCACCACAAGCAGGUGGGUCGUCUUCAGAGCCUGAAGCAGCGCCUGGGUAAGAGCAACAUCCAGGCGCGUCUGGGCCGGCCGGUGGGGGCCCUGAUGAUGCGUGGGGUCGGCGGGGGUCGAGGCUUCGCCGGGGGCCGAGGUUUCGCCGGGGGUCGAGGCUUCGCCGGGGGUCGAGGCUUCGUCGUAGGCGGGCUGAGAGGAGCGGCGCGCGGAGGAGGACUGAGGGGACGCGGCGGCCGAGGAGUGGGCAUGAGGGGAGCCCUCGUCUUCAGAGGCAUGGGCCAGAUGCGAGGCCGUGGGGGCGCUGGGCGAGCAGGCCUGAGGAGGGGCAUGCGUCAGCGAGGAGGCGGACCUGGCAGAGGGGCCAUGAUGAUUGGCCGAGGAGCAGGAAGAGGAGGGGCUGGAGUCCGAGGCAGAGGACGCGGCGGCAUGCGCGGUCGCGGGGGAUUUGCCGGCCGUGGUGGCCGUGGGCGCGGCCGGGGUCGAGGAGCCGUCGGGGGUGGACGCAGUACCCAGGUGACGCGGGAGCAGCUGGACAACCAGCUGGACGCCUACAUGUCCAAGACCAAAGGGCACCUGGACGCCGAGCUCGACGCGUACAUGGCCCAGGCUGACCCUGACAGCAUGGAGUGACCGUCUCUGCCCCCCCCUCUCUCCUGGGCAGCGAGGCUCGUCCAUAUCCACAACGGAAGCAAAGCAGCGUAGACCUGCAGAAAACACUUAAAGACUUUUACAUGAAGAAGAUUUUUUAUAUCACACACACACACACACACAUAUGAUAUGAAUAUGAAUAUGAAAAUGAAUAUAUCUCUGAAAGUGCCAUAAGGUCAAACACGCAUACGGACUCACACCACACCCAGGGGACUCGGCCAUGCUGAUAUGUUGAUGCCCAUCUUCCAGGGACUGGUCAGAUCCACGCACUGCACUGCACAGCACAGCACAGCACACUAAUGACAAGAUUCUAAACACAUCGGAUUCCUCUAUAUCCGCAGGCUAGGCUGUUAUACACAAGUGGGAAACAAAUAUACAUUUGUGUGUACACAUUUCUUUUGAAUGUUUUAUCGGACCAUAGGGAGGACUGGAUUGGUUGCUGUGUUUCUGUUUGUUAUAUGACCUGUAUGACCUAUGACCUGACCUGUAAUCUUUAACUGUAACUAAGAGGGCAAUGUGCUCCCCUUGUUCUGCUGAUCCACUCAAAGCAGAUUUGUUUUUUUUUUUGGUUUUUUUUAAUAAAGUGUUGAGUAUUUGGUAGGACUCCAGGUGCUUGGCAAUUAGAUGAAAUUGUUAUGCUUCAUUAUAUUAUUAUGAGUCUGCAGAAUGCUGAGAUAUCUAUCAGGGUUUUGCUUUGCUUAAAGUAUGAAAUCUUUUCACUAUCACUAAGCAAUAACAAAACAAUUUAACAGAAGUAAAACAAUCAGUGACCUGCCAUGUGAAGGAUUAUGUGUAUAUUUGUUUUCUCAUAAAUAGCCCAGCAGUACGUCCAGUAGGUUUUUACAAUACAAAUGAUUCGAAGUCAAAUGUUUUAUGUUGGGUACCCAGGUUAGCAGUUUGAUACCUGAAAAUUACAUCUUGCCAGGCUCUUUGUUCCUGUUUACAUGUUUACAUUACGUGACGUGGAGGGUGUCAUUUGUGGUGCCUUGCAAACAAGCACUGAUCAAAUGACGAACAGUUGAACAGUGGUAUUGUUUUAAGAUUUUAUUUUACUGACCAAUGAAGGCUACAACAGUCAUACAAAUAUGUUUGAUGGGAGAUCCACAAAGAUGCUUAUAAAUGCCUACAGAUAAUGACACUGCCAGAACAAGGCCCCUAUUCCUCUGUGUGAAAUACCGGGACACUGAUGGGAAUAUUUGUGUUGUUAAACCUUGUCUUGUUGCUUUCAAAGCUGUCAUUAAAUUUGAAGGAAUUAUUAAACAUGGAUGACAUAUUUUUUUUUCCAGAAUAAGUUGGAGCCCAAAAUUGGUACACUAAAAUGAUGGACACUAUUGCUGUAAAACAGACCUCCUGCCAGAGAAAUCUGACAUGUCAGACUCAGUUUGGGAUAUGUAUUGUUUAAAAAUCAAAUAUUAAAGAUUGUAAUACUGUGCACUAAAA